CUCCAAAUUUCUCCAAGACAACCCACCACAUGCUUCCCACAAUUCCACCUCCUCUCCUCUCCACAUUCCAAUAUUGAUGAUAAUAAUUUUGAGAGGCAUAAACUUCAACAUGAAGUAAUGAUCUCUCAUAAUUUCUCUCACUCUCUACUGUUGGUCUUCCUCUCAAUUGCCAAAUUAAGGAACACUUUCUAUUUCAGGUAGAGAAAAACCCAAGUUUUAUGGAGAGAAAUUGAGCUGAAAGACUGAAGCUUUUUCAUCACACGAUGGAGUCAAAGCCUAUGCGUUUCAUAGCCCACCAAUCUUUCUUUUCGGCGGUCCGAUCCGGCGACCUCGAGACCCUUAAGCGGAUUGUGGAGGAGCAAACCAAAGAUGAAUCGUCCGAAGGGUCUUCUUCUUCUUUGGUAUCUGAUCUAAUGCUCCUGCGGAACGGUGAAGGGGAGACAGCCCUCUACGUAGCUGCUGAGAACAAUCUUCAACAAGUGUUUAGUUACUUGAUCAAGUUUUGUGAUGUUGACACUGUUAAGAUCAGGUCCAAGUCUGAUAUGGAUGCGCUUCAUGUUGCUGCUAAGAAAGGCCAUUUGGAGAUUGUCAAGGAGCUACUGGGCUUGUGGCCUGAGCUUUGCAAGUUGUGUGACUCCUCCAAUACUUGCCCCCUUUAUUCUGCGGCUGUUCAAGAUCAUUUGGAGGUUGUAAAUGUCAUCUUGGACACAGAUGUUAGCUCAAUGUGGAUUGUAAGAAAAAAUGGAAAAACUGCAUUGCACACAGCUGCAAGGUAUGGCCUUUUGAGAAUAGUGAAGACACUUGUUGAACGAGAUCCGAGGAUUGUAUCCAUCAAGGAUAAAAAAGGUCAAACUGCACUCCAUAUGGCAGUCAAGGGUCAGGAUCCUUCCGUGGUAGAGGAAAUACUACUUGCUGAUCACUCAAUUCUGAAUGAACGUGACAAGAAGGGCAAUACAGCAGUGCAUAUAGCCACAAGGAAAUCUCGGCCACUGAUAUUAAGCCUUUUGCUCAGUUAUACAUCUAUUGAGGUCAAUGCCAUCAAUAAUCAUCGUGAAACUGCAAUGGAUUUGGCAGAUAAACUCCCAUAUGGAGAAUCUAGUCUAGAAAUCAAAGAAGUUCUUGCAGAAGCUGGUGCCAAACAUGCUAGACAUGUUGACCGAGUGGAUGAAGCAAUGGAAUUUAAGAGGACUGUGAGUGACAUAAAGCAUGAGGUCCACUCUCAGCUCAUACAAAAUGAAAAAACCAACCGUCGAGUUUCAGGCAUUGCCAAAGAACUAAGGAAACUUCACAGAGAAGCUGUCCAAAACACUACAAAUUCAAUAACGGUUGUUGCUGUUCUUUUUGCCUCGAUAGCUUUUAUUGCUAUAUUCAACUUGCCUGGCCUAUAUAAAGAUGAGGGACCUGAAGUGGGGAGGGCUCGUAUUGCUGACAAUGUUGGUUUCCGAGUGUUCUGCCUUUUGAAUGCUACAUCUCUCUUUAUAUCACUAGCUGUUGUUGUGGUUCAGAUAACUCUGGUAGCCUGGGACACUAGUGCUCAAAAGAAAGUUGUGUCCGUAGUGAACAAACUGAUGUGGGCUGCCUGCGCAUGCACUUGUGGGGCUUUUCUUUCGAUAGCUUUUGUGGUUGUGGGAAAGCAUGGUUCAUGGAUGGCCAUUACCAUAACGCUCAUGGGAGCUCCGCUUCUUGUUGGGACACUUGCAAGCAUGUGCUACUUUGUGUUUCGGCAACAUUUUGGAACAUUCCGUAGUGACUCCCAGAGACGCAUCAAAAGGGCAAGCGGAAGCAAGUCUUUUUCGUGGUCUUACUCGGCAAAUAUAUCAGAUAUUGAUGACUAUAACUCCGACAUGGAGAAGAUCAUUGCUUUGUGAAAACUGUUGUAGAAAAUGAAGAGAUGCACACGAGCUUUCACUCGUUGGGAGGGCUAUGUCUUCAAUGCGAUUAUGCUCUGUUGAGAGUAUUGGAGGACUAGAUACCCAUUUGAAUGGUUUGAUUUUUUUUGUCCUGUUCAGUGACCGAGAAGGCUGAAUGUAGAUUUCUGUAAAUUGAGGUAUGCUAGUAGUUGUAAGUGUAAGGUAUCUUGCAAUAAUAUCAGUUGUGGAAUGUUGGUCUUGUGCCUAUGAAAAUAAGAGAGGAUGCCUAUUACGUUGUAA